AUCUCCCGGAUCCCCCGCCCUCUCCUCGCUCUGCGCCUCCUCGCUGGCUGCGGGCUGACCGCUCCACACCGCCGCAGCGCCUAGCGUCUGGACAGCCUGCCAGAGGCACACACACCUACACCCACUCCACCCGACCGCACCCCUGCCCAGCAUGUCCGCGCUCGAGUGGUACGCCCACAAGUCCCUGGGCGACGGCAUCUUCUGGAUUCAGGAACGCUUCUAUGAGUCGGGCAACCGCGCCAACAUCUGGCUGGUGCGCGGUUCCGAGCAAGAUGUGGUGAUCGAUACGGGCCUGGGGCUGCGCAGCCUCCCGGAGUACCUGUACUCCUCUGGGCUCUUGCAGGAUCACGGGGCCAAAGAGGACGCGGCGUGCAGGCCACUGCUGGCCGUGGCCACCCACGUGCACUUCGACCACUCCGGAGGCCUCUACCAGUUCGACCGGGUGGCCGUGCAUCAUGCCGAGGCCGAGGCGCUGGCUCGCGGGGACAACUUUGAGACCGUGACCUGGCUGUCUGACAGCGAGGUGGUGCGGGCGCCCAGCCCCGGCUGGAGGGCCAGGCAGUUCCGAGUGCAGGCGGUACAGCCCACCCUCAUCCUGCAGGAUGGUGAUGUGAUAAACCUUGGUGACAGACAGCUCACUGUUAUGCACAUGCCUGGUCACUCCAGGGGCAGUAUUUGCUUACAUGACAAAGACCGGAAGAUUCUUUUCAGUGGAGACGUUGUGUAUGAUGGAUCACUGAUUGACUGGCUCCCAUACAGCAGGAUAAGUGACUAUGUUGGAACAUGUGAACGUCUGAUAGAAUUAGUGGACAGAGGUCUGGUAGAGAAGGUGCUUCCUGGGCACUUCAAUACCUUUGGUGCCGAAAGGCUUUUUCGAUUGGCUUCUAACUAUAUUUCAAAAGCUGGGAUAUGUCACAAAGUUUCCACUUUUGCCAUGCGAUCUCUUGCAAGUUUAGCCUUACGUGUAACAAAUUCUAGGACCUCACCUUAGUAUCUAUACUGAUAACCUAUUGUGAUUAGUUCUAUAAAUUAAUCCAAUUCAUUUUGUGCUGUUUAAAAUGAUUAAUAGUGAGCAUUUCAAGAAGUGCUUUAUUAGAGAAAAAAGAUUGAGAAUGAGUAAGCCAAAAAAGGAGGUUCUUUGUUUAAAUUAUUUCCUUCUUCUAAAUAAGAAAUCACUUAAAGAAGCUCAUAAUUUGCCAAGCUGUCAUCUUGUAAUAUUUGUCACCUUGUAAUAUCCAGAAAUGACAUAGAAAUCUAUGCGAAAACAAGGAGGCAUUUUGCAGUAACAGAAAGAACCCUCCUUGCCUCCCAUUUGUUUUAUUUUAUUUCCUAGAUGACCUAGAAAAAGAGGCAUAAACUUUUAUGUUUAUAAUCCAAACUUGAUAUUUUUAGUAUAUUAUUUAAAGGUAAAGGUUCUUGAGUUUAAAAUACAUUAGUAAUCAAUACAAACAUAUAAAUUAUUAUUUAAAAUGACAGCUAAAACAGUCCAUUGUUAUGGCACAGAAUUUUUAUGCUUCAUUUAUUUAUUCUUAAUGUAAUUACAGUGUACAUUAUAUGUUGUGUAAUUUUACUUACAAAGAGUACAAUGAAUUUUGUUUAUUGCAAAGCUUUAAAUAUAACUUGCAGAGUGCUUCAGUAAAAAGCUACUAAUAGCAUUGUUUAUUAUGUGAGUGUAACAUUUUCAAUCAUAAAAGUGAGAUUCAAAUGUCUGUAAUCUAAUUACAAAUUGUCAGAUUUCUCAAAAGGACACUGUCAGGCAAAUUUGAAAAUAUACACAUUGAAAAUAUUUU